AGCUUUAAUCUCGCUAAACGGCCAGCACUGUCGUCAUUUAAUGCACGUGCGGCAAAUCAACAAUAAACAAGAAUGAGCGACUUUAACAAAUAUUGCGAAGAAGCUGCGAAGGAGGCGCUGCCCGACUCUGAAGACGAGGAAGACAUCGGCGACGAGGACACUUGUAGCGCACAGGAUCUUGCCACCGAAUUCCAGCUGAAGUACAAGCCGCAGGACGAAGUCAGCGUGUCCUUGCAGCGUGAAUAUGUUCUUAGCCUGGCCGCAGAUCAGGAAUUCUCCCGGAUGGCCGCUGGACUGUCCAAUUCAGCUGUGCAUAUCUACAAUUUGGAUUCGGGCGCCGGGAAACUGGAGAACUUUAGCUACCUGCCUCCCACAGACUCGCCGCAGCACGUAAGCAUCUGUGGCGUCCGCUUCCUCGACGAGGGACCAUACAACAUCCUGGUGGGCACCACCGAUGGCUACGUGCGCCUCUACGAUCUGCGGCUAAGGGGCGAACAGGCGCGGUUCAAGUACACGCAGCACCCUAAUGUGCCUCCGGUGCCCAAGUCGCUUUCGUGCUUCGACAGGAACGCCAACGGCCGGAUUAUUUGCUGCGGCACCGAACAGUUUCACAGCAACGCGUUCCUGGUGUUCUUCGAUGUUCGGGAGCGCCAGCAGAUGGGCGUCUACUUCGAAAGCCAUGAGGACGAUAUCACCUCGUUGCGGUUCCAUGCUCAGAAUCCAGACCUUCUGGCCACAGGCAGUGUGGACGGGCUAGUAAACGUGUUCGAUGUGAAGGAGCCAGACGAGGAUGAAGCACUGCUUAACACCUUCAACACGGAGAGCAGUGUGUACCGGUUGGCGUGGCACAAAAACGUCUACGACAAAGACAUAAUAUCCUGCGUCACGACAACUGGCGAUUUCAAGAGCUACGAGUGCGAGGAGGGCGACGAGGUGGCGUCCUUUGAGCGGCCGGAUGUCACGGCGGCUAUAAGGAGAAAAAAGGCCGCAAACUUCAACCUGAUAAAUGCCCACAAUCAGGAAGACGGAGGAGUCUUUCUGCUGGCGGGCACCAACUUCAACAAGGGAGAGAUCCUGCGCUCCGUUAGCGUUACCUCGAAGAACAGCCUCCAGCCAUUGGCCAAUUUCCAGGGCAACAAGCAGAUCGUCAGAGAUAGUCUUUUCGAUUCGAAGAGAAGUUUACUUUUUACAGGCGGAGAAUCCGGCAUUGUUACGGUUUGGACACAGGACACAAGUGGAACGGCGGUCAGCAGUGAAAAACUAAAGGCCAAGAAGGAGAAGAAGUCGCGCAAGCAAGCGCCAUAUUAAAUGUGUAUUUAUGUUUUAAAUAAAGGUUUUUUAAAUA